AUGAUGACGGAAAUCAACCUCAUCACUGGCAAUGCUAAUAAAAUAGCCGAUAUCAAGGCUAUCCUCGCCCCCUUUGGGAUAAUCGUUCGCAAUCAAUCUCUCGAUCUGCCCGAGAUACAAGGAUCGAUCGAAGAAAUCACAAUCGCAAAAUGUCGCACAGCUGCAGAUAUGGCCGGUGGUCCAGUCGUCGUGGAUGACACAGCUCUUUGCUUCAAUGCGAUGCACGGCAUGCCAGGCCCUUACAUAAAAUUCUUCCUCGAGACUUUAGGACCGGAAAAGUUACAUCUCUUACUAGCUGGGUUCUCAGACAAAACCGCUGAAGCAGACGAAUUGACGGGACGAUUGUACCAGCGAGAGGCGUGA